AUGUCUCUUCCGGAGAAGCAGUGGGCUCAGGUCGCCGAGCAGAAAGGCGGUCCGCUCAUCUACAAAGAGAUCCCCAUCCCUAAACCCGGCGCGGAUGAGAUCUUGGUCAAGAUCCGAUAUUCCGGUGUUUGCCAUACUGACCUUCAUGCCUUGAAUGGGGAUUGGCCUCUGCCCGUGAAGCUACCCUUGGUUGGUGGUCAUGAAGGUGCUGGAGUUGUCGUCGCCAAAGGCCAGUUGGUCAAGGACUUCGAGAUCGGCGACCAUGCCGGCAUUAAAUGGUUGAACGGAUCUUGUAUGGCUUGCGAGUUCUGCAAACAGUCCGACGAGCCCCUCUGCCCUGAUGCCUCUCUGUCUGGAUACACCGUCGACGGAACCUUUCAGCAGUACGCCGUGGCCAAGGCUACCCAUGCCUCCAAAUUGCCGAAAAAUGUCCCUCUCGAUGGUGUCGCUCCCAUUUUGUGUGCGGGCCUCACCGUCUACAAGGGAUUGAAGGAAUCCGGGGCCCGUCCCGGUCAGACCGUGGCCAUCGUCGGCGCGGGUGGUGGAUUGGGCUCGCUGGCGCAGCAGUACGCAAAGGCCAUGGGACUCCGCAUAAUCGCCAUUGACUCCGGCGACGAGAAGAAAGCUAUGUGCGAAGAAUUGGGCUCCGAAUCCCUCACAAAGGCAUAUGUCGAUUUCUCCAAAUCCCAAGACCUCGUCGCCGACGUCAAAGCCGCGACUCCAGACGGCCUCGGUGCCCACGCCGUGCUUCUCCUCGCCGUCGCUGAAAAGCCCUUCCAGCAGGCCACUGAAUACGUUCGCUCGCGUGGUUCCGUGGUCGCCAUCGGUCUCCCAGCCGGCGCAUUCCUGAGAGCUCCUGUGUUUAACACGGUGGUGCGCAUGAUCAACAUCAAAGGAAGCUAUGUCGGUAACCGCCAGGACGGUGAGGAAGCGGUUGACUUCUUUGCUCGUGGCUUGAUCAAGGCACCAUUCAAGACGGCUCCGCUGAGUGAUCUUCCCCAAAUCUUUGACCUGAUGAAACAGGGCAAAAUCGCCGGUCGUUACGUCCUGGACGUGCCACAGUAA